UUCCUCGCACUAAAUCGGGUGCUAACUGACAGGAGACUGUGAACUGACAGAUACCUUCCCAGGUUGACUCGCCCUGUGCCCGCCCUCCAGUCCAGUCCAGUCCAGCCCAGUUCCAGGUCCAGGUCCAGGUUCCAGUCCUGGUCACCAGCUGCCUCGGGGCACUUUCCUCUUCCAACAACCUGGACAUCGACCACCAUCGACCUCUCUCUCUCUCACACACCCAACCCCCCCUCCAACGUCGCCGAACCUCUUCCAUCACCAGCUGCUUGCCAUCCUGUCAACUGCUGGAGGCGAAGCUGCGACAUCCAUCCCCAUCGACACACUCCUUGCACUGAUCCUUCAUUCUCGUCCUUUCAUUGACCCUCCUUUGGAGCUCCGUUCUCGAAACUACGCAAUACCUAUCCCGCCCACGCACACCCACGCCAACGGCCAAUCCCGCACGACCAGACAAGCACCACCACCACCACACACUGUCUUUCCGUCCCCUGCCCCCGUGCCGUGCAACAAGUCAAGUCGACAGACACAGACACAGGACACAUACACACGCUUACGCCCACACACUUUCAAGCUCCUCCACCACCCCAGCCAGCUCGCUUGCACUGGCAUAUACUCCCACCGCAGCUCUGCACACCACGUCAUCCACCUGUCCCGGCCUGUCCUGUUCUGGUGCGAAGCUAGCUCACCAUGGAGGGGCAGCAGCAGCAGCAGCAGCAGGGCCAGCAGCCCCCAACGGGCGUCCCUGGCCCAACCGGCCGGAGGCUCCAUAUUGCCCAUCGCCGGAGUCCCUCUGAGAUGACCCCGCUGGUGAGCAUGUUCACCGGCAACCCUGGAAUGGAGCAAAUGGCUAUACAACAGCAGAUAGAGUUGCUGCAGCAGCAACACCAGCAGAUUCAAGCCCAGCAACAAUAUCUCAACAUGGGUAUGAUGCCACCGGGCCAGGCCAUACCUGGGUUCAACCCAGUCCAAGGCAUGCCCAACAUGUCGCCCCAGGCCGGCUUCCAGUUCCCCAACCAGCUACCGCAGCAGAACAUGUCGAUGGGUACACCCACUCAACCCAUGUCACAUCGCCGUAAUCAGUCGGCUCUUCCCAACAUGGGCAUGGGCCCACCGCCUGCUCCUUCAUCAGGAGCCUCGGGGUCCGCCUUUGGUAACUUUGAGCUGCCCCAGCAACCGCAAGGCCGGGAGAACGCCGGUGCCUCACGCGGAGGCCGUGGAGGGUCCGGCGCCGCAAGUGGCCACCAGAGGCGCCACUCAUUGGCUCUCGCCGACGCGAAGAAGGCCGCCGAGAUCGCCCAGCAGAAGCGCACGACCUCCAGCUUUUCUUUCCCCGCAGCUCCCGCGCCCGAGGACGAGGCAAAGCCCGCCACGACGCAGACCUCGGCCGAAGCCCCGCCAUUCCAGCCCGCUGCGUCCAGGGGCGGCCGCGGCGGCGGCCACGGCAGGAGCCAGAGCAUGGCCGCAGGCGCUAACGGUCGCGGAGGUGCCAGUAUCCGCGGAGGCUCCCAGACCGGUUCCGAGCCUGGCCAGACUAAUGAUUUCCCCCGUCGUGGAUCCGGCCACAACCGGUCGUCCUCUCGUAACUUUGAUUCGAACUGGCGCACCCCACAGGCUCAGACUCAAGACCAGGCUGGCCAGAACCAAGGCAACUUCCAGCCGGGCCACCGGUCUCGCGGCUCCAUGAGUCAAUCUGUGAACUCUAUUGGCGCCUUCCAGUAUGCCGGUCAGCCCCAACUGAUGCAGGUACCUGGUCAGAUGAUGAUGCACCAGAUGUACCCCGGACAACAGCUUAAUGCCCUUCAGCUGGGUCAGCUCCAGGCGCUCCAAGCUGCUCAGAUGAGCGGACAGAACUUUGUUGGCCUGCAGGGUAGCCAGCAUGCGCCUCAAAUGUCUCAGCAACCUCAACAGCAACAGAGGAAGACUCUCUUUACCCCAUAUCUCCCGCAAGCCACGCUGCCCGCCCUGCUAGGGGAAGGUCAGCUGGUUUCUGGUGUCCUGCGGGUGAACAAGAAGAACCGUAGUGAUGCUUACGUGUCCACUCAGGACGGACUUCUCGAUGCCGAUAUCUUUAUUUGCGGCAGCAAGGACCGCAACCGUGCGCUUGAGGGCGACCUGGUCGCGGUUGAGCUGCUCGACGUUGAUGAGGUGUGGUCUCAGAAGCGUGAGAAGGAAGAGAAGAAGAAGCGCAAGGAUAUCACCGACACUCGGUCCGGCUCCACGAAUGGUGGCGGCCAGAGCAAUCAGAAUGGCGACGAUAACAACGCCAGCGAGGGUGGUCUCAGAAGGCGCGGCAGCUUGAGGCAGCGCCCCACUCAGAAGAAGAACGACGAUGUUGAGGUUGAAGGCCAGAGUCUGCUCCUUGUCGAGGAGGAGGAAAUCAACGAUGAGCAGAAGCCGUUGUAUGCCGGCCACAUCGUUGCGGUCAUCGAGCGUGUCGCUGGGCAGAUGUUCUCAGGCAACCUCGGCCUGCUCCGCCCCAGCAGCCAGGCUACCAAAGAGAAGCAAGAGGCUGAGCGCGCUGCCAGAGAUGGCAACCGCCACCAGGACAACCGCCAGCAGGAGAAGCCCAAGAUUGUCUGGUUCAAGCCGACGGACAAGCGCGUGCCUCUCAUCGCCAUUCCAACAGAGCAAGCCCCGCGAGACUUCGUCGAGAAGCACCAGGACUAUGCUGAUCGCAUUUUUGUUGCAUGCAUCAAGCGCUGGCCCAUCACUUCCCUGCAUCCAUUCGGCACCCUCGUUGAGCAGCUUGGCAAGAUGGGUGACCUGAAGGUCGAGACCGACGCGCUUCUGCGCGACAACAACUUCGCCUCGGAUGAGUUCUCCGAGGCAGUCCUCCGCAGUGUUGGCCUCCAGGACUGGUCGCUUGCCAAGGAAGACGAGGCUGCCAUUGCAGCACGCCGUGAUUUCCGCGACGACAAGACAUUCACUUUGGACAUGGAUGGGUCUGCUGAACUCAGCAACGCCGUCCACGUCAAGACCCUCGCUGAUGGAAAGAUCGAGAUCGGCAUCCACGUUCCUGACGUCACUCACUUCGUCAAACCCAACUCACUCGUGGAUCGUGAGGCCAAGAAGAGGGGCACUGCCGUGCACCUGGUCAACAGGACAUGCGCGAUGCUUCCGCCCAAGCUGUUUGCCGAGCUCUGCUCGCUGACACCCGGCGAGGAGCGCCUUGCUGUCAGUGUUGUAUUUUCCGUCAACCCGCACACCGGCGCGGUUGCUGAAGGUGACACUUGGAUCGGCAAGAGUAUCAUCAAGGCCGCCGGCACCGUGGCUCUUUCUGAAAUCGAUAAUGCUCUCUCGGGAGAGGCCGAAUUCAAGCACCCUGCCGUUGAACUCAGAGAUAUGCAGAUCCUUUACGGUGUUGCCCAGAAGUUCCGCGAGUCCCGCCUGGGUGCUGGCGGUGAGCCAAUUGCACCUCUUCGCCUGCUCCACCAGAUCGAUGAUGAGAACAUCCCUAUCAAGGACAACAUCUUCGAAUCGACGCCGGCUAUGGAGUUGGUGGAAGAGCUCAUGCACAAGGCGAAUGCCUACGUUGCGCAACGUCUUGCUGAAGGUCUGCCUGAAAAGGCGCUGCUCCGCAGACAAGGUGCUCCGAAUCCUCGCAGGCUUCAGACGUUCAUUGACCGCAUGACGGCCCUGGGAUACGAGUUCGAUAGCUCCAGCAGUGGUGCUCUACAGAACAGCCUCUUCAAGGUUGAUGACAGCGAUGUAAGGAAGGGCAUGGAGACCCUGCUGCUUAAAUCGAUGCAGCGUGCCAAGUACUUCAUCGCUGGUAAGACCGCGAAGCAGCUGUGGCCCCACUAUGCCUUGAACCUGCCGCUGUACACUCAUUUCACGAGCCCAACCCGCCGCUAUGCCGACAUCAUGGUCCAUCGGCAGCUUGAGGCCGUGCUGUCCGACGGCAGCAUCGAGUACAGCGAGGACCUGGAGAACCUCGUCAAGACCAUCGAAAGCUGCAACACAAAGAAGGAUUCUGCCCAGAAUGCUCAAGAACAAAGCAUCCACAUCGAGUCCUGCCGUACCAUGGACAAGAAGCGACAGGAAGUCAAUGGUGACCUCAUCAGCGAAGGUAUUGUGCUUUGCGUUUAUGAAUCCGCUUUUGACGUCCUCAUUCCCGAGUGGGGUUUCGAGAAGCGGGUGCACUGUGACCAGCUGCCCCUUAAGAAGGCCGAGUUCAGGAAGGAGAAGAGGGUCCUCGAGCUCUACUGGGAGAAGGGUGUGCCUAGCUCUGCCUAUGUUCCCGAGGAUGAACGGCCCAAGGCUGCCGCCUCGGUCCGGAUGUCCAACGCGAUGGCCGCUGCCAAGCAGGCAGAGGAGGCCGAGCGGGCGAAGAAGGAACGCGAGGAGGCGGCUCGCAAGCAGACCGAAACCAACACGAUCUCGACUAACGAUGUCGACGCACUCUUCGACGACGAUGACGACAACGCGUCGGACAUCACGGAGGCCAUGGCAGGUGCCUCGCUGGCGGAGCGCCCCACCCAGAGCGUUCCUGGGUCACCCACCCGCUCGUCCACCGCGGGCACCUUGCACCGCACGAAAUCGGACUCCAAGGUUCCUACCGUGGAAGCUCCCGAGAACCGCCUGACCAACAAGGAGAAGUACUUGAACCUUUUCAAGCUGCGUGAGGAAGGAGGGGAGUACAUCCAGGAUGUGACAGAAAUGACUCGGGUCCCCAUCAUUUUGAAGACGGACCUCAGCAAGAGCCCACCGUGCCUGACCAUCCGCUCCCUCAACCCUUACGCCCUGUAAGGUGAAACCAUUAAUCACGGCUUGGACAGUUUGAGUUCUGAGGAGACCCUCAACGGCUUGAAAUGCUUAGUAGGGUUAGAAGGGUUACCGACAAAAUAGCGAUCGAUGGUUCUCUGGAGCUUUGGGAUUGAACAGAAUUAGGAAAGGCUGUGGUCAUCGGGCCCGGCGAAAGGAUGAGUGAAGCAUGGGUUAAGUUGCUGACAAGGUGAACCUGACGAAAAGAGCAUAAUAUAACUGGAGUCUCACGCACAGAGCGGCAUGGUAUUUAUUCUCUAAGUUGAUUGGAGUGUCCGAGGAUGACUGUAGAGGCGAUAUGAGAGAUAUUAGAUAGUCGGCCGAUGCUAGAAACUCUCGUAGUAAAAAGAAGACAACUUCAAUCACGCC